AUGUUGAAUUUAACCUUCUAUCCAACCUACUUCCUUCUGGUUGGUAUUCCAGGACUAGAAGAUGCACAUAUCUGGAUAUCAAUCCCUUUCUGUAGCAUCUAUAUAUUUGCUUUGCUGGGAAACAUCAUGGUGAUGGUUGUCAUCCUCACAUCUCCAAAACUCCACCAGCCUAUGUUUAUAUUCCUCUCCAUGUUGGCAUUUAAUGAUGGUCUUCUUUGUACAAGCUUUGCUCCAAAAAUUUUGUCCAUCUUAUGGUUCAAUGGCAGAGCCAUUAGCUUUAAUGGGUGUCUUCUACAGAUGUUCUUCAUUCACAGCUUCACCAGUAUUGAAUCAGGUUUUUUGCUUUGCAUGGCUUAUGACCGCUACAUUGCUAUAUAUAAGCCUCUCCAGUAUAGCUCCAUAAUAACCAUUAGACUGAUAACCCGACUGGUCAUUGUGUUUGUGGUCCGGGCAGUUGUUCUGGUCAGUCCUGGUCUUGUUUUAAUAAGGAGGUUUCCUGCUUUCAAGACCAACAUCAUUGCACAUUCCUACUGUGAGCACAUGGCGGUAGUGAAGCUCGCGGCUGCUGAUAUCCGGGUGAACAGUAUAUAUGGACUAUUCGUGGCUUUCACUGUUGUUGGUGUUGAUUUGCUCUUCAUCUUUUUUUCAUAUAUCAUGAUUUUCAAUGUCGUCUUCCAUCUUCCAUCUAAAGAGACUCGUCUGAAAGCAUUUAAUACAUGUACCCCUCAUAUCUGUGUAUUCCUGAGCUUUUACAGCAUGGGCUUAUUAUCUUUCUUAUCCCAUCGAUAUGGUGAGAAGAUUCCUCUUUAUGUCCACAUUAUCCUCUCUGACAGCUACCUCUUGGUUCCACCCAUGCUCAACCCACUUGUCUAUGGAAUUAAGACAAACGUGAUCCGUGAGGAGAUUUGGAAAAUAUUACUCUGCGAUUACUCUAGCGUCGCUCUAUGGAAGCAGUAG